AUGCCAUCAUGUGCUGGCCCUAGUCCAAGUUUUAGUACUUGCUUCACAGCUGCUUGCACUCUCGAUCAGAGCUCCCAGCUGGUUAAGUUUCUUCCUGGACUCGAAGGACCUCUACCUUUUGUACUUGAAACUGGGUACAUUGGAGUCGGGGAAUCAGAGGAGGUUCAGUUAUUCUACUACUUCGUCAAAUCGAAAAACCCCCUAAUGCUUUGGCUUACUGGUGGUCCGGGUUGCUCUGUCGUCACUGCCCUUUUCUUUGAAGCAGGUCCUUUAAAGUUUAAUGUAGAGCAGUACAAUGGGAGUUUACCUACAUUAGUGCUAAAUCCACACUCUUGGACAACGGCAUCUAGCAUAAUAUUCAUAGAUACCCCCGUGGGCACAGGAUUUUCGUAUGCAAGAACAACUUCAUCUGCUUCUCAGCCAGGGGAUUUGGAACAAGUGCAACAUGCCCUUCAGUUUUUAAGGAAGUGGCUGGUUGACCACCCAAGUUUUAUGUCAAAUCCUGUCUACAUUGGAGGGGCUUCAUAUUCUGGAAUUCCUGUCCCUGUUCUUGCUGACCAAAUCGCAAAUGGCAAUGAAGCAGGUGUCAGGCCCAUAAUAAAUCUUCAGGGCUACAUACUAGGGAACCCAGUAACAGUGCGACAAGAUGAACUCAAUUCAGAAAUAUUAUUUGCUCAUGGAAUGGGACUUAUUUCUGAUUAACUGUACCAGUCCUUGACAAGAAGUUGCAAAGGUGAAUAUCAAAAUGUUGAUCCUAGUAAUGUUGAGUGUGUACGUGUGAAACAUGUACAGGCUUAUGAUGAGUGUACUUCAGAAAUCAAUUUUGCACACAUUUUGGAACGCCAUUGCGACGGUCUUAUCUCCCCAAAGCUGCAAACCAUGCUUGGUAAAAGAAGAGUUCUCAAUGACAACAACGACAUGCACCACCAUUUCAGAUCACCUCUUCCUGCAUUAGGCUGUCGCACUAAUGGAUAUUUGCUUUCUCACUAUUGGGCCAACGAUCCUUUUGUCCACAAAGUUCUUAACAUACGGAAGGAUCACAUAAAAUUUGUCAUGCAGCGAAGCAUAGGGGUUUGGCAGCGAUGCGACUAUGAAAUGCCUUAUGUUGCAGACCUUCGCGGCAAAACCUUCAGUACCAAAGGAUAUCCUUCUUUGAUAUACAGGUUACUUAAUGAUAUGUUGGUGCCAUUUUUGGCUACACAAGCAUGGAUAAGACUUACGAAUUACAACAUUGUUGAUGACUGGAGACCAUGGUUUGUCCAUGACCAAAUUGCAGGUUACAUAAGGACUUAUUCUAAUGAUCUUUGUUACUUAUGAACGCAGGGAGCAGGACACACAGCUCCAGAGUACAAGGGAGAAGAGUGUUUUAAUAUGUUUACAAGGUGGAUAUUUGGGGAACCAUUGUAA